AUGUACGCCGCUCAGAAUAUAACGCCAACAGUUUUGGAUGCCAUGAACGGAAAUGUUUCCGAAUGGUAUAACGAAUGCGACAAUGCCAUUAGAAGGUCAGAAAUAGUUCCUGGAACUUACGAAUAUACAACUGCUGUUUCUUAUGGAAACGUAGGUGAGUUUGGAGAAGGUUCUUCAACAACAGUAGAUAUUGCUUGCGACAGGUUUCAUAUUAUUUCUAUUGACAACUCAUUCUUAUACGUGGAACAAGACAUUGAAAUAAAACCUUCUGCCAAGUUGUCUGACAAGAAAGGUUGCAAUGGAAUUUUCUAUGUCGGAUACCAAUAUGCUCCAGAAGUUUUCAUGGGAUAUAAGAUAUAUUCUAACUCUGACUUAGUUCAAACAGUAACAUGGGCAAACUAUGAAUGGUUCGCUUUGAGAAACUCAGUACAACCACAAGCUAGAGAACAAACAGACCAGUAUGCAAAUAUUGAGAAAAUAAGAAGACUUGACCCUAACGUUCCAGGAGUUUAUGUUAACCUUUCUGGUUCAGAUGGAACUGCUGCCACUAAAGUAAAACUGAAACUUAGAGUUCCUUUGUCAUCUUUCCUCAUCUUCAGGUUUUUAAGAUACUUGCCAAACUGGGCAGGAAAAAUUUCUAUUGAACUUACUCCAAGCAAAAAUAA